AUGAGCCAACUCCCUGAAACACUCCCACCUACCCUCAGAAAUGUUCGUGCCCUCGUGUUCGACUUGUUUGGGACCUGCCUCGACUGGCACACACCGCUUCUUUCCUCACUCAAAACUGCACACCCGGAGGUAUCUGAAGAAGAAUGGUCUGGGUUUGCAUUCGCUUGGAGAACGGCAUUCUUAGUUCGAACAGCUACAGAAGGACGUAAAAAUACAUUUAGACCAGCAAAAGAGCUGUACUCGGAUGGGCUGGACGAUGUCCUGAAGGGUGCUGGAAAAGCUGGGGAAGUAGCUUCGAAAUGGUCCGAUGAACAGCGAGGGGCGGCAUCGGCUGCAUGGAGCCAGAUGAUCCCAUUUGAGGAUACAGUGGCUGGGGUGGAUCUUCUGAGGCAAAAUCUCACAGUUAUAGGAUUGUCUAAUGGAUCAGCCCAGGCCCUUGUUCCAAUGUGUAAAUCUGCUGGUCUUAUUUUUGACUUGCUUUUGACCUCUGACCUCAUCGGAACAUACAAACCAUCGCCUAAGAUGUAUGCGGCGGCAAUCACGGCGCUUGGGCUCAAGCCCGAUGAAGUAGCAAUGGUCGCGGCGCAUCAGUGGGACUUGGAUGCUGCUCGAAAGGAGGGCUUGAGGACCAUUUAUGUCGAACGUUGGACGGAGGAUCGCGGUGUAGAUCGCGAUGCCUUGCGAGAUCAGUUCGAUCUUUACAUAAAUGAAGGUGGGGUUGUAGAAUUAGCUCGUCGUUUUGGUGUGAUACUUUGA